AUGAACCACAUCGGCAACGCAGACAAGAUGGUGAAACAGGCUUGGGAGUUCAAUAAGGCGAAUAUGGCAGCAGUGGCCGAAGCUAACAAGAACCUUUGGGAUCGAAUUCGUGAACGUGCUCUGAAUCCAGAAAAAUGCAAAGGAAAUUGCCACUGGAACAAGCUCGUGGCUGAUAUCGAGCACAAGAAUCCACGGUUCUCCUAUCCGAAACUGUUGAAGGGCGUAGUGCAACAAGCGAAACAUGGACCAAGCAAGGUCCGCAAAUGUCCUUGCCUCUUGGGGCCGAGUAAUAGCGCCAAGUCGUUGCUGAUCACGAAGCCACUAAUCGCGUUAUGUGGUGGAGUCGACUUCGUGCAACUGACACCCGGCACCAUGUUAAGGCAAGAGCAAAAGCGAUCUUCCUUCGUGUAGUGGGAUCGUCUUCAAGUAGUAGCAUCCCGCUACUCAUUCUUCAGCAUCGUAGGCUUUCGCUUUUUGCUCUCUCAUAAACAGGAAAUCCGAAUAGCUUUACAGCCCUGGCCGAUUUCAAGACACGCGCAGCCAUCUUCGAUUAUGGUUCAUUCUUUUAUACUACAACUCCAUUAUUUGAUCUGUUUCGCCACGUGUGAAAAAAACCUAAUUCACUUUGAUCUGUUUCACCGCUUUGAUGUGUUCUUGUGAAACAAUAAUUAUUCUUGCUGCUAAUUUUCUGAGUGGCGAUGCGAAGAACAGGCUGCAACUGCAAAUGCUGGUCGAGGAGGGAUAUCGCUGACGAUGUUCUUGCAGUUGUGUUCAGGAGAGCCUCUUCUUGUUUCGCAAUCACAAACGAUGACAAACGGCGCUGCGCGAACGAACUUCACUAAGCCAGUGGUUUGGGCAGGUCCUGUCGAGCACUUCCUACCUGAUGACGCUACGGUGGUAGUAGGCGAAUACAAGUGCCACGUAAUCAAUCGCCUUGACAUAGAAGUUCUAGACAACUCCUAUCCGCCGGGGACCGCGCUAGAGCCACCACCUGGAAAAGACGUCUGCCUCGAUUGUUUUUGUACUCGAUCAUUCAAAGCCGACUUGUCGCAGCCAGUCCCUGAACCGACUCUGAAUCCGGCUGAUGACUUUGAUAAUAUCCUCAUUGCGAAGCGAGCAGAGUGGGACGCUGAUGCAACAAAGCAAACGUCGUUCUGGUAUGAUAUUGUGCAAGAACGCAUCACCCGAGCUCGUGCAGAGUCGAAAUUCAAAUCAUCUGCGAAGAGAGUGAACCCAGCGAGCGCUCCACUCGGCAUCCAGCAGCCUUUUUUUGGUGUCCCUGCUUCCGGUGCGUCUUCACCCAAUGCAGGAAGUUCUCCAACAGCUUCGCAAGCACCAUCAAUUGCAGCUUCGAUUUACGGUCAGCUACAUCAUCCCCUCAUCGGAUUAGGUGUUAGCGGAACAGCAGGAGCGCUCGCGUCUGGACCUGGAAGUGCACCCGCACAACAAUCGGCAGCGUCGCUUCAUCAGGGCCAUAACAUCAACGACGCUUCAUCAUCUGUCGCUUCGUUUCCACCACCUGGCCAAAUCCCACCGGACCUCAUGUCGUACGUCUACCAGAACGCCCUGAAGAUGAUGCAGUCUGGAAAUUGGAUGCCUUCUGGUGGAUCACCACCCUCUAGCUGAUCUAGCAUUUCGUUGCUUUGAUGAACUGGAAAUAUUUAACUUGAACUAAUUUAGAUUUUGUAUGAUCCUUGUGUGCAGGCAGAACUACUUGCUGAACUAUAGAGAAGUGAAUACAUGCAGAACUACUCGCUGAACUAUAACAACUUGGCUAUGAAUCAUGAGACACAUUGUAUUGCGCUUAGUAGUGUGUUCGUAUCAUCUUGGUCUUCGUCUAACAUCUUCGCUUCUCGCAGUUGCGUGGCGUCUUAGCUCUUUCGACUUUCGCGCUUGCGUU